AAUUUAUUUGUGGACAUUUUUAGAUAGUUAUUAGUAGGCCAUGACUUUGCCAGUUUCCAAAUAUUUAAGGCCCAAACGAGUGCAGAUUUCGAUUAGAGAAUGGUGCGUCUGGAGACAAGAGAUGGCAGGAUAAUUAAAGUGGACAUGGCUCUGCUGGGCCGCUCGUUGGUCAUUCAGGAGAUGUGUCGCCUUGGCCAGGAUGCAGAGGACGAGGACGUUGUUGUCCCGCUGCACGGCAUUCGCAGCGAUGUCCUGCUCAAGAUCCUCCUGUGGGCCCAGUUCCACCAGGGUCACGAAGAGCCCGCCUGGGUGGCCAAAAACGUACCGGUUUCAGCCGUAGAUAUCGAGCUCCAAACAUCCGACUGGGACAAAGAGUUCCUACGCGUCGAAAUCGAGAUUAUUUGCGACUUGAUGGAGGGCUCCAAUUACUUGGACAUCCGUUGGCUGUACAAGCUGUGUGCCAUGAAACUCGUCUUUCACAGCAGACGAGACCCAGUGUCCCAGAUUAGCAAGUUUCUGGACGAGAUCCCCUCUUUGGCCGAGUUCCAGUCACUCUUCACCGAGCAGUAGCACAGUACCUUUGGGAUGCACAUAAAUCGAUUGGCCAUGACACUCAAAAAAUAUUUAUUUAAAUUUUAGAUGUUUUGACUUGUGGUAAUAUUGAAAUUAAGAAACAUAUUUAAGGCUUUAAAUAGGUUUUUAUUUGGUAAAUUAAAUGAGGCAGGUGCAAGACUAAAAGUGUAUUGAUUUAAGGUAUUUUGUUGAGCACUUUAUAUUUUUUUACUACUACUAUUUUGAUAUAAAUCAAUUGGUUAUGACUCUCAAAAAAUAGUUAUUCAAGUUUACGAUAUUAUAGCCUUUACUUGUGGUAAUCUUGAAAUUAAGACAAAUAUUUAUGGCUUUAAAAUGAUUUUUAAUUUAAUAUAGAAAAGUUGUCUUAUCAUUUUUUUUAAUCUCUUUGGGAAAUUUUAAAACAAAGACCAUGAUUUUUCGGCGUGUUUUUGGAGCAAGUUUGCUUUGCCAGAGACAUCGACCCCUUAGCCUUGCGAUGGCCGCAUAAAUGGCGCUGGCAUAAAAAAUGUGCCCCAUAAACGACUUCGUCUCCGUUUUCCACUGCAAUUAAAAUUGACACGCUACACCAACAACAACAACCACCGAAACGACAACAACAAACAACAAGAAACAGACUAACAACUUUGACGAGGCCCUUCAAAUCCCAGCCGAGCAUGAAAAAAAGUGAUGUAAAAAACCGACUUGAGACAUGCAAAACACCACAAGAAUAUCGAUUCGAACUCGAAUGAGUCAGCAGCGUUUGCUGCUUUUGUUUUUAUUUUUUUGUUUUCUGUUUUAUGUGCUGUCAGAAAUGCAGAAAAAAAUAUGAGAUAUCCAAAUGUUUGCUGGCCUAUCAAUUGCCGGCCAAAUAAAUUAAGCCUUUAAUUGUGAAAUCCAGAACGGCCUGUGGCACGAUUUGUUUUUGUCUUUCCUGGGAUCGUUUUCGUUUCUUUUUGGCUACUGAUCUACUCCUUUUGCUUUUGUCUACAGUUGCCAGUUCUUUGUCACGGCUCAAGCUUUGGUUUUGCUUUUAUUUUAUUCAUUUUUGAGCGCUUGGGUUCUUGGGUCACGUUCUCCCCGCUGUUUUUCAGUGUGUUUGUGUGUGUGCGUACGGUUAUAUGAAAAUCGGGGGAAUGUCAGCAAAUGAGUAAUUGCCGGCUGAUUAAGAUAUUAUGCAAUCGAAAGAAAAUCGUUCA